AUGCCUGGACCAUUCCAGGCUUCUACAUCAAUACUGUUGUUUCUCGCGAGAGAGAGUCCCGCUUGGCCCGAGGUUGAGAUCCUGCCGGCGCUGGAAGACUACCUGACAGACUGUGGUAAAACGAACCUAGCUCAAGUUGAACAGUUCCUGGAAUACCUGGGCGGCAUUGAGGACCAGGUCUUCAAGAACCGCUUGGAAAGGGAGGCGAAGAUGAGAGCUGAAAGGCAAGAAGAACGCAGCAAGGAGACCAAGGAGGAGGAUACCGCCGGCUCAGCAGGAGGUCAGAUGGGUGCCGAUUUGGCUGGUGAAGGCAGCACUGGCGCUGCCGACGCCUUCCUGCCGAAAGAGGAGGCCUCGGACACCAGCGCCUUCCAUGCGCAGCUAUUGGCCCAGAGCUUCUCCAUGGAUUUCGAGAAUUUGGAGACACCAGAGCCACCGACAAAGCGACAGCGCCAGGAGCCCACGCUCGAUCCACCGAAGCCGAAGGAGAACAAGGCCAAGUCGGGCAAGAUUGUCGACCGUGAGUUCCACCAGGCUCUACGAGAUCGGCUGAACAACAGGCAAGAUUUGGGCGAGGCCAUGCCUGACACAGUCCGCCUCGGCGAGGGACCGCACUGGAAACAGCGCUACUAUUUCGAAAAGUUCAAAGUGAAACAGGAUGACCUCGUCGAUUUCCUGCAGAGAAUACGAAAAGCCUACGUCGAGGGCUUGUGCUGGGUCCUAGUCUACUACUACCAGGGCUGCCCGUCCUGGACCUGGUUCUAUCCUUAUCACUAUGCGCCAUUUGCCUCUGACCUAAUUGGGUGCGGCAACCUCAAGUGCGGGGAGCUGACCUACUUCCAGUCUGGGCAGCCCUUCCAGCCGUUCCAGCAGCUAAUGAGUGUCCUCCCACCAGUCAGCGCCGAGGAGGCCGGUAUCCCAGCCGCAAUGCGCGAACUCAUGAAGCAGGCCUUCUCUCCGCUAAUCGAUUUCUAUCCGGUGGACUUCGGCUUGGAUUUGAACGGCAAGCGCUUUACAUGGCAGGCCGUGGUUCUUUUGCCAUUCAUAGAUGAGCCUCGUUUACUGCGGGUGUUGGGGCCGCUUCUGGCGAAGCUGAAGCCCCACGAGAAGAUCAGAAAUCGACGGGGCAACGAGCUUGUCUUCGGACACAAGCAGGACAAGGCCUUGUUCCAUGCGGUGCAGCUGGCACAAGCAGCCUUCGAAGCCGGUCAUGCUGGACUGAAGCAGACUGUGCGCGACAGAUACCUCUUCGGGGCCUUGGAGGGCUGGCAAGGAGGCGGUGCCAACAGAGAGGUGACGUCCCCCGUCGAGGGUCUCCCUGACGUGGAGGAGUCCCACUGUAUCUCGGCACAGUUCACUGACCCGGAAGGGGUGCCCCACCAGUCCAAGCUGUUGCCUGGCAUCGCUGAGCAGCCAGUGGUGGUCAAUGCCGCGGACAUGGACGAAGGAUCUCGCCUGAAGGGCUUCGGUGGAGAACCGGCACGCAAGCUGAUCAUGCAAGCCCUCGGCAAGGACGGCAGAAGAAAGCGCUACCAAGAAGCCAUGUGA